CCUGAGAGCACCCCAAAAGCCCAGGCCAACCUCCCGCCCACAGCCAAGGUGGCCGAGCUGCCCCCCACGCCUCUCAGAGCAGCUGCCAAGACCUACGUGAAGCCUCCCUCACUGGCCAACUUGGACAAGGUCAACUCCAACAGCCUGGACUUACCCUCCUCCAGUGAGCUGCAUACCCCCCACACUGCCAAGCUCCAGGACCUGCACCCAACCGGUGGGCACCUCGCACCCUGCUUCAGCCCCAGUCCUGCCCCCAUCCUCAACAUCAACUCGGCCAGCUUCUCCCAGGGCCUGGAGCUCAUGGGCGGCUUCAGCGUCCCCAAGGAGGGCAGGAUGUACCCCAAGCUCUCAGGCCUGCACCGCAGCAUGGAGUCCCUGCAGAUGCCCAUGAGCGUGCCCAGUGCCUUUUCGGGGGGCAGCACCACCCCCCCCACCCCUGCUGCUGCACCCCCUACAGAGGAGGAGGAAGAGGCAGGGGGGCUGGGCUGGAGCGGGAGCCCCAGGCUCUCACAUCUGGACAGUGCCAACCGCGACAGGAACACGCUGCCCAAGAAAGGGUUGAGGUACCAGCUCCACUCCCAGGAGGAGGCCAAGGAGCGGCGCCACUCGCAUGCCGUCAGCAGCGGGCUCCCCGAGUCGGACGACCAGCAGGAGCUGCCCUCGCCCCCUGCCCUCCCCAUGGCGCUGGUCGGGAAGGGUCCGCUCACCAGCAUCGUUCAUGGAUCGGUGCUGUCCCUGGCCUCAAGCGCCUCCUCCACCUACUCCUCCGCCAACCUGGUGGCAGCUUUUGAGCAGAGCCUGGUGAGCAUGACGUCCCGCCUGCGGCACUUGGCUGAGACUGCCGAGGAGAAGGACACGGAGCUGCUGGACCUGCGAGAGACCAUUGACUUCCUGAAGAAGAAAAACUCGGAGGCCCAAGCUGUCAUCCAGGGCGCCCUGAACGGCACCGACGUCACCCCCAAAGAGCUGCGCAUCAAGCGACAGAACUCCUCUGACAGCAUCUCCAGCCUCAACAGCAUCACCAGCCACUCCAGCAUUGGCAGCAGCAAGGAUGCUGAUGCCAAGAAGAAGAAGAAAAAGAGCUGGGUGUACGAGCUUCGCAGCUCCUUCAACAAGGCCUUCAGCAUCAAGAAGGGACCCAAGUCAGCGUCGUCCUACUCAGAUAUUGAGGAGAUCGCCACGCCAGACUCGUCGGCCCCCUCCUCCCCCAAGCUGCAGCACGGCUCCACGGAGACUGCCUCGCCCUCCAUCAAAUCCUCCACGUCCUCCUCCGUGGGCAUUGACACGGCUGAGUAUGUGGGGCCAGAGUGGUGUCUCCCUUGGCCAAGGCUCUUCCAGGCUCACGGUGAGGGCGAGCCGGAGAAGAAGGAGGUGUCGGAGCUACGGUCAGAGCUGUGGGAGAAGGAGAUGAAGCUGACAGACAUCCGCCUGGAGGCCCUCAACUCUGCCCACCAGCUGGAGCAGCUGCGGGAGACCAUGCACAACAUGCAGCUGGAGGUGGAUCUCCUGAAGGCUGAAAACGACCGGCUCAAAGUGGCUCCGGGGCCCUCGGCAGUGCUGGGCUCUGUUCCCGGCCACAUCACGAGCACGUCGGCCUCCUCUUCGCCGCGGCGCUCCCUGGGUCUCACCCUUGGCCAUGCCUUCAGCCCCAGCCCGGGGGACGCAGAUGUGUCCCCCAUGGAUGCUGUCAGUGCUGGGACCCAGAAGGACGAGCUGACACUGCGGAUUGUGGUGCGCAUGCCACCUCAGCACAUCAUCAAGGGGGUGAGACCUCAUUUUUUCCUGGGUUGGACCAAGGUGAGCGGGAAGGUGGACUGGAAGACGCUAGAUGAGGCUGUCUGCCAGGUCUUCAAGGAUUACAUCGCCAAGAUGGAUCCUGCUUCCACGCUGGGGCUCAGCACCGAGUCUGUCUACGGCUAAAGCAAACAACGCACCAAACGAGUUUCGCACGCCCCGCCGGGCCUGCCGCUGUGCCGCCGGGGCCUGACCAGCAUCGUCGUGACGCUCAAAGGCUUGAAGGAGAAGUGUGUGGACAGCCUGGUGUUCGAGACGGGACCCAGCGGCACUGGCAAGACCUACCUGACCAACCGCCUGGCCGAGUACCUGGUGGAGCGCUCGGGUCGGGACGUCACCGAGGGCAUUGUCAGCACCUUCAACAUGCACCAGCAGUCCUGCAAGGACCUGCAGCUGUACCUCUCCAACCUGGCCAACCAGAUCGACCGGGAGACAGGCACGGCAGACGUGCCGCUGGUGAUCCUCCUGGAUGACCUCAGCGAGGCGGGCUCCAUCAGCGAGCUCGUCAACGGCGCGCUCACCUGCAAGUACCACAAAUGCCCCUACAUCAUUGGGACCACUAACCAGCCUGUGAAGAUGACCCCAAACCAUGGCCUCCAUCUCAGCUUCAGGAUGUUGACCUUCUCGAACAACGUGGAGCCGGCCAACGGCUUCCUGGUGCGCUCCCUGCGGCGGAAGCUGCUGGAGUCGGACACGGACGUCAAUGCCAACAAGGAGGAGCUGCUGCGUGUGCUGGACUGGGUGCCCAAGCUCUGGUACCACUUGCACACCUUCCUGGAAAAACACAGCACCUCCGACUUCCUCAUCGGUCCCUGCUUCUUCCUGUCCUGCCCCGUCGGAAUUGAAGAUUUCCGGACCUGGUUCAUCGACCUGUGGAACAACUCCAUCAUCCCUUACCUGCAGGAGGGGGCAAAAGAUGGGCUCAAGGUCCACGGGCAGAAGGCAGCCUGGGAGGACCCCGUGGAGUGGGUGCGGGACACCCUGCCCUGGCCGUCAGCACAGCAGGACCAGUCCAAGCUUUACCACCUGCCCCCACCCACCAUUGGGCCCCACAGCACCGUUUCCCCUCCCGAGGAGCGCACCGUCAAAGACACGACGCCCAGCUCCCUGGACUCGGACCCUCUGAUGGCCAUGCUGCUGAAGCUCCAGGAAGCCGCCAACUACAUUGAGUCUCCAGACCGCGAGACCAUGGUGGAUCCCGACCUGCAGUCGACUCUGUGA